AUGGCGCCUCAGAUGGGUGCGGUUGUUCAGGAGGCGAAGGUCGCCAAAGCUGCUGGUAAGUCCAAAAAGAGUGUAAGGUGCUGGAAAUGUGCUGAUAAUUCGCAUGCUGUGAAGGACUGCAAGUCGCCUAUUGCUCUUGUGGUGGUCACUGGAGAUGCGAUGCCUGCAGAUGUGAUUGCUAAACUUGAUGGUAUUCAGGUGGGGGUGCCUUCUUUCAGCUCCUCUAUCUCCAUCUCCGCUUGGAGGUCAGCGGAGGUUCCUUACAAGGCUGAACUUGAGAAGGCUGUUGGAUCUCUUAUUGGCAAGACUGUGGAUGUGGAUCUUGUUAGUCUGAGACGCAGGGCAGUGGUGCGUAUUCAGGUGGCCAUGCUUCAGGCUGGGGUUCUAGGGGAUCCUUCUGAUGAGGCACGUCCGAUAGCUAAAGCUGAUGCUGUGGUCAAGUUCAAGGCUUUUGAGUUCCGCUUCCGCAGGGAACCCGCAGAUUAUAUUCCGGAGCCGGAUUUUGUUCCUUUGGUUUGGGUAAAGAAAGAUGAUUCUGAUGAGGGAGGUGAGGGUGCUCCUGAUGGUGGGGAUGAUGCUAUGGAUACUUCUGAGCCGAGAGUGGGGCCUUCAGCUUCUGGGACUUCACAGGUUCAGCGGGGAGGUUCUAGCUCUUCGGCGCCUGGGGUUACUCAUGCUAUGGCCCCUGUGUUUGCUGUCAUGCCUUUUAAUCCAAACCCGCAGACACCGAAUGCUAUUGAGGCAGUAAAGAGGCUGCGGGCAGUUAGUCCUUCUUUGGAGGCUCCGUCUUCUGCAGCGGCUACCACUCGUGUGUCCGCGGAAGAUUUGCGUUUGGCUCUCGAUGCGGUUUCUUCUGGUUCUUCUUUGUCUACUGGUCCUGCCGUGGACCACUCCCGCUCGGACAGGCCAGCUAGAGGCCGGGUGUGUACUCUUGCACGUACUACUCCAGCGGCGGCGAGACGGGCUGCGGCUACCGCGGCUGCACGCGCGGGUGUGCAUGCAGGAGAGGAUGACCUGCCGCAUGCUCUUGGUUCGGGUGCGGGAGAGAUGGUGCCGCGAGGGGGGUCUUCUUCACCCUUACCCCCUCGGGCGUUGUCACCUUCGCCUCGCCAGGGGGAGGCCGCGGCGCCAACUCCCCCUUCUUCGGUCGCUUGUGGGGGCUCUUCAACGACUCCGCCCCUACAGCCGGCGUCUUCUCCGCAUGGCGGCGACGCGGCUCCCUUGGCCCGGCCGACCAGCCCUCCCGCUGGUGCCGACGUUGAGGUGUCUCCACCUCCGCCGACGUGGAGCCUGGCGGGCCAGCCGGCAUCGCCUAGGGCGGCCAUGGGCAUGGCCGGCGACAUGGCGCCGCCUCCCCCAGCUGUGGGCACUGCUAGGCCUCCACGCGUGGAGCCUGCUAGGGGAGGGUCUACUUCGACUACCACCUCCCCUAGGGCUGCCGCUGCUACGCGGGUCUCGGGCACCACGGCGGUCGCUCCCAUUCGCCGAAGCUCUCGACAUGGGGUCGGCAUUGAUGGGGCGAUGGCGACGGAUGAAGACUCGAUGGCAAAGGCCAUGCGUCGCAAGGCGGAGUCAAACAUUGACUUUUUAGGUAAUCUACCGGUGUACGGCUUUGCUCGGUUCAUGGUCGCCACUUCAGCGUUUCGAGGAUAG